AUGAUGGUGACGCUCUCGAUCAAGGAGCUGAUUCCGUCAGCUGUCAAGUUUUGCCCGGAUGGCCAUGCCGUCUCGCUUGCAAUCCUUGGUGGCAUGGCUCUUAUGUCGUUGAGUUUGAUCCUCUUCGCUGCGAUUAUCGAGGUCGCCUAG